CCAACCAAUCCACCUCCUCCGCGCACACUCGCCGCUCCUCUUCGUCUUCUUCCUCCUCCUCCUACUCCUACUCUGAGCUCGAAACCCUAACCCUAACCCUAACCGUAACCCUAGGUUGGCGAAGCGCCCAUGGAUUCGGCGGCGCUGUCGCGGAUCGGCCUCGCGGGGCUGGCGGUGAUGGGCCAGAACCUGGCGCUCAACAUCGCGGAGAAGGGGUUCCCCAUCUCCGUGUACAACCGCACGGCGACGAAGGUCGACGAGACCCUCUCCCGCGCCGCCGCGGAGGGCGACCUCCCCGUCUCCGGCCACCGGUCCCCGCGCGACUUCGUGCUCUCCAUCCGGCGGCCCCGCUCCGUCAUCAUCCUCGUCAAGGCCGGGCCCCCGGUGGACCAGACCAUCGCGGCGCUCUCCCCCUUCCUCGACCCCGGCGACUCCAUCAUCGACGGGGGCAACGAGUGGUACGAGCACACGGAGCGCCGGCUCCGCGAGGCCUCCGCCCGCGGGCUCCUCUACCUCGGCAUGGGCGUCUCCGGCGGCGAGGACGGCGCCCGCCACGGCCCCUCCCUCAUGCCCGGCGGCCACCUCCAGGCCUACCGCAACGUCGAGGACGUCCUGGCCCGCGCCGCCGCGCAGGUCGACGACGGCCCCUGCGUGACCUUCGUCGGCGAGGGCGGCGCCGGCAACUUCGUGAAGAUGGUCCACAACGGCAUCGAGUACGGCGACAUGCAGCUCAUCGCCGAGGCCUACGACGUCCUCCGCUCCGCCGGCGGCCUCUCCAACGCCGAGCUCGCCGCCGUGUUCGACGACUGGAACCGCGGCGAGCUCGAGAGCUUCCUCGUCGAGAUCACAUCCGACAUCUUCCGCGUCCCCGACGAGCACGGCGGCGGCGAGCUCGUCGACAAGAUCCUCGACAAGACCGGCAUGAAGGGCACCGGCAAGUGGACCGUCCAGCAGGCCGCCGAGCUCUCCGUCGCCGCCCCCACCAUCGCCGCCUCCCUCGACAGCCGCUACCUCAGCGCCCUCAAGGACGAGCGCGUCGCCGCCUCCGACACCCUCGACUCCGCCGGCAUGCCCCCGGGCCUCCUCCUCCCCGCCGCCCGCCCCGUCGACAAGAAGCGCCUGGUCGACGACGUGCGCCAGGCGCUCUACGCCUCCAAGAUCUGCAGCUACGCCCAGGGCAUGAACCUCCUCCGCGCCAAGAGCGACGAGAAGGGCUGGAACCUCAACCUCGGCGAGCUCGCCAGGAUCUGGAAGGGCGGGUGCAUUAUUCGGGCCCGCUUCCUCGACAGGAUCAAGCAGGCCUACGAGCGGAACCGCAGCCUCCCGAACCUCAUCGUCGACCCGGAGUUCGCCCGCGAGAUGGUGCAGCGCCAGCCUGCGUGGCGCCGCGUCGUGGGGCUCGCCAUCGAGGCCGGCAUCGGCGCCCCCGGCAUGAGCGCCAGCCUCGCCUACUUCGACACCUACCGCCGCGCCAGGCUCCCCGCGAACCUCGUGCAGGCGCAGAGGGACUACUUCGGCGCGCACACCUACGAGCGCGUCGACCGGCCCGGGUCGUUCCAUACCGAGUGGUCGAAGAUCGCGAGGCAGAGCAAGGCCGGCGUGCUCAACUGAGGCUGCUUCAAAGCUCUUCGGAUUUUGUUGACGGUAAUUUGUCGAACCUCUGAAUGCGUUCCCUUUAUUUUUAUUGUUUUUCAGAUUUUAGGUGGUGUUGUUUGUGCUCUUAAUAAGGUGGGGUAUCUAUCUACUGGGACUUGUAUGCCUGAAGAACAGAUCUUUGUUGUCACUGAUUCAAAAGAUCAAAUUUUUAUGUCGAGAUUAGCGUGCCCUGUUUAAGUUCCCUUAGUUUUACGUUCAGUAGCUUUGCAACUAUUAAAUGCAUCUAUGAUGCUUCGGGUGUUCUACUGGUUGGGCUGCUUGAUUCGAUUACUUAACUUGGUCAUUGUUGUGCGAUUUCAUUUUGUUUUAAUUGAUCCUGGAAGCUCGUUUGGAGGUGAUGAGUACUAUAAACAAGAUGCUUAAUAAGAAGUGUUGUGAUUAUUACUGCA